AUGUCAGAAUUGGUGUCAAAGAUAAAAGUUCUCCUGAGUAAAAUGAGCACCAAUCUAUCUAAUGAUGACAGUUUAACAGUAGAAAGAUUAAAUUGGUUAUAUGUGGUAUUUGAAGAGCAAGAUGAUGCCUAUAUAGAAUGUUUAUUAUGUUGUUUAGAUACACAUAUUUCAGACAGAGAUCCCCUUUUCAGUCCUUACCCACUCUUCUUCCAGUUUUUAGAAACUUUUGAUUUCGAUACAAGCAUAGUAAUGGAUUGGCUUGUCUCCCCUGAAACAUGUUUUUUACUCUAUAUAUCCAGACUUCUAAAAGUAAUCCUUUCUGAAUGGACUUUGUUUGUGAAGGCUGCUCAUGAUAGAUAUCCCCAAAAUUGUGGACAUGAUUCAAUUGCCAACACAUUGUGUAAAAAUAAAAAGGGGUACAAUUAUGCAGGGAAAGUCCAAGAUGAAGUAGCCACUCCCAACCAAGGCACGCAAAUUGACCUAAAUCUGGUCGGUAAAGGCCCAGUUAGUGAAACCGUCGCAGAGACUAAUAGUGAAGGAUCUUCUCAAGACCAAAUUGCCUCCCUUAGUCAAGGCUUGUCAGCCAUUAUGGCAUAUAGCGAUAGCGACAGUGAUGAAAUGAAAAUAAUCCAUCCAUCCAAUCAGAAAGCAGUAUUUCAAAACACAGCCAAUUGGAUACGAGUUUUAAAUCAUGUGACAAUUCAAAAUCAGCAUCUAUCCAAUCAGAAACUGAUAUAUCAUGUGACAAUUCAAAAUCGGCAUCUAUCCAAUCAGAGGGCGAUAUAA